GAGAAUUCUUCUAACGGUUUUCACAGCAUCGACGCCGGCGCAAGUUGGUUUUCUAAAUCCUGCAGCUGAAUUAAAAACUUCCGUGAUCAUGUCACCCCAAGACGAUGCGCAAAUGCUCGUAAAUCGAUGAAGUCUGUCAGGGGUCAGUAGGUUCAGAUUUUCGAAGUGUUCUGUGGCCGGGCGAUUUCGUCUUCCCGCCUACGUGGUAGCUUCAAGAAGUGCUACAACUAGGAAGGGAUUUUCCAUUCAAUGCGCUUGGUCGCGGGGGAAAUUCCUCGCGAAAGGGCAAUGGAUCGGAGCCGUUUCGCGGAAGCGGUUGCUAAUUAUAGAGGAUUGGACUGACCUGGAGAUGUAGAUGAAAUUGAGUGUUGACAUCAGUUGGGGGUGGAAUGGACACAAGUCUACCGCGUGAGUGAGCCUGAGGGUUCUGUUUUUACACGUUUUGUAGGGAGUAAUAGGUUGUUUGAGAUUGGCGGGUUGGAGGCGCGGGUGGUUUGUCUCGGUGGUGCUAUUCGAAUUGACGUAGCUGCAGCUUCGCCAGUUCUUUGGAUCUGAGCAGGUCUAUUUGGUGCAAGGGGUUUGAAGUGGUAGUUAGAUAGGAGUUCUCAUGCAGCGAUAUCCAUUGCACAUUUGCUUUGAGCAUUAGCAUAAUGGGACAUGUGGAGUAUGAGACGGGUGGUGAAGAAUUGUUGAAUAGGAGUUGUCUGUGGAAGCAGUGGUGAGGAUAAACAGUAUCGCUGUAUUCUAGAGCAGCACAGUUCUCGCCUCGAAGGCGGAGGAUACCCCUGCCGGUGCUAACAGUGGUGAGCAAGCCAUGGCUCUCAGCGAGGUCCAACUAGCUCAUGAUGUUGGAUGGAAUUGUCCAAUUUUAGAAGGCGGUAUUUUGCAUCAAAACGGGUACAGAAUAUCUGGAGAGUUGCGGAGGUCAGUAGAAUUUUCUGCUGGGAAUAGGCGUAGCAUUAAGGAAGAAGAAGAUUACGUCUGCGCACUGGAUGAUGUAGAGAAGGUUAAAGUGGACAUGCGCACUGCCUCGAAGGAUCUUGGAGAAGAGGUCAGUGACGCCGCUCAGAUUAUUGAUCGACACAACGGUGUGAGAACGGAUGCGGAAAAUUCGAAUCUGGAAGACCAUGGUCUGAGGAACAGAGUUUGGGCUUUGGAAGAAGAGAAAGGUGCACUGCACAAGGAUUUGGCUGCUAUGACAUUGAAGGAGACAAUCCUGAGAGACAAGGUUAGGGAAUUCGAGUUGCAAAUGGAUGGUCACAGGAAGCGAGUGGAGAAAGCGGAGAGAACAAUUCUAGAACUACGACAAGCGGCAGCUCAAAGUAGUAAACAAUCUCGAGAAGCUGACAUUGAGGUUGAAGAGCUUCGUUCGAUUUGCGCUCGUAAUGACGGAGAGAAACUCGACAUGCAAAACAGAGUAGAAAGAUUGCAACAAUUGUGUAUGGAUCAUGAGAAAAGCAUUCAUGGUCUCAGGCAAGGGCUGAAGAAUGGUAUGGAUGGCAAUAAAGAAGGAAAGAUGAGCAGGUUGCAGAAAGAAUUGCAAAGGUUGAAUGAUGUCGAGAUCACUCUUCGUAAUGAACUUGAAGCUUCUCGAGUUGAGAAUGUAAACGUACGGCGAGACAUCAACUACCUAUUGGAGAGAUUUACCAAUCAACAGAGGGAGGGUACAUUGAAUAUGAAGAAACUAGAGCAGGAUUUAAGAGCUGAAAUUGAUUGUGACCAAGCUAAAUUUGCCGAACUUCAAGAUGAAAACAAUCUUCUGUAUGCAAAGUUGAGGCUAUUGACAAGGGAGAGGCAUGACACCAGAGAGGCCCUGCGAUCCUCUAAUGACAGAGUUUCCGGCUUAGAGGAAGAAAAUCAAUGCCUUCUUGAAAAGAUUGCAAAGGUAGAGUGGGAACUGGAGGUUAAGCAGAAGGAUAUUCUGAGCUUACAAUCUCAGAUGGAGCGCUCCAUACAGGACAGAGAUUCAGCUCAGGCUGCGUUUGCGUUAAAAGAGAAGGUUUCUCCAAGAGGUGCUGCGACGAUGAAGUUGAAUGAUAAAGAAGAGAAUGAGUCUUCAAAUGGUGAUGUGAAGAUGAAGGUGAAGGACAAAGAACUGCCGAAUUCUGCACACCUGGGAAGUGAAAUGCGUCAGAGUCUGCAGGCUGCGGCACAGCAACUGUACAGCAUGAAUGAAAGGCUGGAGGCACUGAUGAAUAAACUCUCCGAACGUGAUUUUCAAUUAGAGGAAGCUAGAGCAGUUAUUGCGGGAAAGGACGAUGUUGUUAAUGAUCUAGAGCAUUCUCUCAGCAAUUUAGCGAAGACAGUAGAUUCUCAGAAUUCACGUAUCAUGCGUCUCUCCAAACAGAAUGAGGUCCUCACCAGGGAAUCCCAGUCACAGUGUAAGCAGAUAGAGGACUUUCAGACUCAGAUUACAACUGCGUUGGGCUCUAAAACCAAAGCAGAUCAAGAGCUGGACGUAACAAGAACACAAUUGGAGGAAUAUGAGAAGCAGUUGGAAUCACAGAGUUUGACAUGUCAGCUGCUACAAGGGAGAGUGGACGCAUUAGAGGUAAAGCUCCAGCAUUGUCAGCCACAGAUUACAAGUCUUCUGCAACAGAGGGAUGCAUUAGAGUUAGAGAGGGAAAAUUUACACCAUUCCCUUGCUAACGUCACUCUUCGAGUCACAGAAUUUGAGCAUCGGUUGGAUGAUAGAGAAGAGGUGGUAAAAGUACAGGAGACAACCCUGCAGAAACUAAUGAAAGAGAUGGAUCAUGGCUGUAAAGAAUUAAUUCUUGUCAAACAAGAAAGAGAUGAAAUGCAAAAGGAUGCAGAGGCUAUGAGCAGGGAAGCAUUGCGAACAAGUAUGGAGGUGGAAGUCUUACGUCGACGGAUUCACCAGCUUGAUGAAGACGUACUGCUUCGAGAUGGUCAGAUUUGUAUACUUCGCGGCGGUCUAGAAGACUCGUAGCGAACUCCUUCCAUUGAACGGUUCUGGGCACAACCAGAAAGUGUAAAUACUCCAACUCUUGCUUGAGCGUUUAUCAGCUCCUCUGCUUUCUACACUAUAGCUUCAGACCUUAUUCAUAAUUAAUGAAUAUGACUGUGUUAACCAUUACAUUCUUCAAAUGGCGAUGGUUACCCUACAGAAUUGGUGGAUACCCUACGGAAUAUAAUGUAGGGUAUCUCCAGAAUUGGUGGAUUAACAACUAGCCUUUGUUCAGUUAUCUGGAUUCUGCGUUGAUACGUUGUAGGCAGGAACACACAGGACUUCUGCCUGUUGAAUGGUGGAGAAUUCAUUUGAGUAUUCCAUUUUGAAUACACUUGGUUAUGUUGAGACCA